UCGUCACGUGGACCAAUAAGGAAACGGCCUCUUGUUUAAAAAAUCAGCCGCAGUGCAACUUGUUUCUGUUGGAAAUUUGGUGCCUGUCUUUUUUGGGAGAGCGGUGAUAUUUCCAGCGUUUACAGCCUCGACAGUGUUCUGGAGUCUCUGCUGUUGGCUCCAUCCAGCAGUUUUCCCUAAAGAUGGCCACUGUGAUCUGCGCUGACAAAGAGAACGGCAGCGUCCCUGCAGCUGCCCCCUCUAAGCUGCGGGACCGUUUGCAGUCGGCGCCCGGCUACUUGCACUCCAGCAGGUCCCUGAAGACCCCCUUUUCCAAAAAGCUGCAGAUGGCUCCCCCCUUGCAGUCAGGUCGAAAGGCUCUGGGGGCUGUCAACAAAAUAUCCUCCACUCUGUCAGCCUCUGGCCAGAAGAGCAAGCCUUUGUCCGUGCAAGCGCAAGCUGAAAUAAAAGCAAAGACUCAGAAAAGUGAUGUGGAAUACCCAGAGAUGGAAAAGUUCAUCCCAUACAACCCACUUGAUUUCGAGAGCUUUGAGGUGCCAGAGGAGAUCCACCUCAGUCACCUCUGCCUGGCAGGGCUGGGGAGUCUCCCUCUGCCCCAAGAUCUUCCUGAAGAUGAUCUGGAAGUACCAGACAUCCACGUGGAGAUGUCACCCCUGAAGAGCACAAGUGGUGGUUUGUCUGCAGAACUCGACUCCUUCCUCCAGUCAAUCAAUGAGCUAAUUGUAGACAUGCCUCCAGAGAUGGACUGCUGAAUCCUUUCAAAUCUUUACAAAAGUUUGUUUGCUACUUUUUAUAUGAAUAAACUCAAUUCUGUCUGAA